AGCAAAUUAGAUAAAGAUGCCCCCAAAGCGCAAGCGCCGAUAGCACCAAUUCAAACAACAACGAUCACUUCAGGCUGUACGAGAAAAUUAUAUGUGCGAGUAUAUCGAAACUGAAACAAGAAAAUAACAAAAACGUCGAAAAUCUGGAAAACCCAGGAUAAGAACAAGUAAAGUGCCGGGCAGAGAGCAUUAUAUUGAAAAUGCCGUCGGAGCAGCAUACGAAUAUAAAAGUGGCGGUUCGCGUACGGCCAUACAAUGUCCGGGAAUUGGAGCAAAAACAGCGGAGUAUCAUAAAGGUUAUGGAUCGAUCGGCGCUACUAUUCGAUCCUGAUGAGGAGGACGAUGAGUUCUUCUUUCAAGGCUCCAAACAGCCGUAUCGCGAUAUCACCAAGCGGAUGAACAAAAAGCUGACCAUGGAAUUCGACAGGGUCUUCGAUAUAGACAAUUCUAACCAGGAUGUGUUCGAGGAGUGCACGGCGCCGCUGGUCGACUCAGUGCUAAAUGGGUACAACUGCUCUGUUUUUGUUUAUGGAGCAACUGGCGCCGGAAAAACCUUCACAAUGCUGGGCAGCGAAGCUCAUCCCGGUCUGACCUUCCUCACCAUGCGUGAUCUCUUUGAUAAGAUCCAAGCCCAAAAUGAUGUGCGAAAGUUCGACGUGGGAGUUUCUUACCUGGAAGUGUACAAUGAACAUGUCAUGAAUCUCCUGACCAAAUCGGGUCCUUUAAAGCUUCGCGAGGACGCAAAUGGUGUGGUAGUCAGUGGUCUUUGUCUUACGCCUAUUUAUAGCGCCGAGGAGCUGCUAAGAAUGUUGAUGUUGGGCAACUCCCAUCGCACCCAGCACCCCACAGAUGCGAAUGCAGAGAGCUCUCGGUCACAUGCCAUAUUCCAGGUUCACAUCAGGAUCACCGAGCGUAAAACGGACACCAAACGGACUGUGAAACUUUCUAUGAUCGAUUUGGCGGGCAGUGAGAGGGCGGCCAGUACCAAGGGAAUUGGAGUACGUUUCAAGGAGGGAGCGAGCAUCAAUAAAAGUCUUUUAGCUCUUGGAAAUUGUAUCAACAAGCUAGCCGAUGGUCUUAAGCAUAUCCCAUACCGAGACUCUAAUCUGACACGCAUCCUGAAGGACUCGCUGGGCGGAAACUGUCGCACACUGAUGGUGGCCAAUGUUUCUAUGAGUUCUCUCACCUACGAGGACACUUACAACACCCUAAAGUACGCAAGUCGGGCCAAGAAAAUCCGGACAACCUUGAAGCAGAACAUACUGAAGUCCAAGAUGCCCACAGAGUUCUAUGUAAAGAAGAUCGACGAAGUUGUUGCCGAAAACGAGCGACUAAAGGAGCGCAACAAAGCGCUGGAGGCCAAAGCCACACAGUUGGAGCGCGCCGGCAAUACUGGUUUCGAUCAGCAGGAGCUUAAGUCGUGGUACAGUAAAAUUGACGCUGUAUAUGCGGCCGCCAGGCAGCUUCAGGAGCAUGUCCUUGGCAUGCGCAGCAAGAUAAAGAACAUAAACUACAGACAGACCUUAAAGAAAGAACUGGAGGAAUUCAGGAAGCUGAUGUGUGUGGACCAGCGAGUGUGCCAAGAGGACUAUCGGCGCUUUGCGAACUACAUGAGCACACUAACCAGCCAGAUGGAGAAGUACAAGGAGGAACUGCCCAGCUGGCUGGCUAAAAUGGAGAGUGCAUACCAAGAUCUGGAUAGCCUGAAGCGGGAGGUGAACAAGUCGAAGGCAUACCAGAUUCUAAUCGUAUACGUCAAGUACAAGGAUCUGGAACUGCAGUUAACCAAGCAGAAUAUCUUUAAUAGUCAUGUGAGCGCCAUCAACCAGGAGUUGGUGGAGAACUUAGAUCUGAUGCGGAAAUCGUUCCGUGCUGCUUGCGAAGUACUCAACCAGACGUACGAUCGCCUUGAGGAUGGGCAAAAGCUGACACCAGAAAUUGAGGCAGUUUUUGAACGGUUGCUGCGGAAGAUGCGUUUCGCCGACUCAGAGGCCAACACCAAAAUGGCCGAAAUGGAUCCGUUGGUGGUGCCAGAAGCUCUUCGUUCCAAUCAGGAGGAAGAAGAACCAUCCUGCAGCCUGACGGCCAGUGCCAAAAAACGACAGAGGCAAGCAACACAGAGCGACGACGAUUUGCAUUUGAGUAUGGAAGAAUUUGACAGCCAGGACACCGAAUCAGACUCUGAGGAACUGCACAAGACCUUCAAGAGGCCGCGAAAUCUUAACGAGACACAGGUUCUAGGUCCCUCAAGCAGUAUUACCAGUAGUGCUAGAAAAGCUCUUACAGCGACAGUCACCAAGCCGAGAAAUGUCCACCAGCGUCUCGUCAGCGAUCUGAUAUCCGAUCAGAAUGUGCGCGGCGGCACCGAGAAGAUUAAGAAGGCUCUGCUGAAAUCCAACCACUUUACCGCCCAAGGACUGCAGAGAACGCUGGCGGCUGCUUCAUUGGCCAAAGAGAAUGUCAAAUACAAUGCAAAUUAUGUUCGCAAAAGUCCAAGAGCGCUGAUGGCAAAAGCUCUUGCAGGCACCUCCACGCUUACGAGAAAACCUCUUGGAUCUUCUAGUAAGGAACCGCCUUUGGUCAAAUUCAAUCGGGCAGCAUCGUUUCGCCUUAAGAAGUAGAAGCACACAUUCGUUCAGUUAGUUUUAACUUGCGUUUGCGUUGAAUUACCUAUUUUUGUUCUGCGGAGACCGAGACAGAUCCAUGUUCGAAUUAAUCAUAGCUAUAACCAUAGAUAUAGUUAGUACACUAACCCCUCCAAACCUUAGCUCGUUCGUUUUCAGUUCUUUUGACCCAUAACUUUAACCUUGAAUUUAUUUAUGUACUUUUUUAUGUUUUGAUAAGUUAAAAGAAAUCCUUGCGUUACGCGCUUUAUCUAAAAAUAUACAGCCGUUUCCUUGCCCUCA